CUGCAUAAAUCAAACAGUUGCAGUGUGUUUCUGGCCCACCAGUAGUGGUACGUUGAAAUCAGAAACAACUGUAGAGACAGGAACAUGGUAGACUACAGCAGCGAGGAGUUUGGUGGAAACUGAGGUUCUAAAACCAAGGAAUCAUAUAAGAAGAGUUUCUGAUGCAUUCAGUGGAAAGAUUACAGCCAUCACUAUCCAGACGGAUGACAUAAUUUAUCAAUGUGUUGGUGUAGUUCUGCUCUCUCCCAGAUGGGGAGACAUUUUUCUGAAAGUUUUAGGAAGCUUCUGGUGGGCUCUUUAGGUGGUAUUAAGGUACACAAUGCAGGAGGAACAAGACAAAGCAUGACGGAUACUUAGAUUUGUUCCUUGAUGGACCUAUCCAAAUUUGUCAUGUCAAUAAAACUGGCAUGUUGACAGAAAUUGCCAAUUAUCUGUAAUCCUAGCAGAUUUAACUUCAACCUUUUGCUUUGCUGAGAUGCUAUAGCUUUCAUGGCAGCCUGAGACCCUCCACGUGAUUAUUGUGAGAGUAUGUAAUAGAAAUCAUUACCUAUGAAAAGACAAGACAGUGCUUCUGGCUCCACUGGACAGACAGGUUGCUCUGUCAUUUAGUUGAAUCAGAAUUUAGCUCAGACAAAAAACAAAUGGUCCUGGAGAUUCAGACAUGGUUCGUUGUAAUCUUAACUUUAAGACAGCUCACCUCCUGUUCAUAACUGACAUUUCAGGUUAUGUCUGUUUAUGAAUUGCAAAACUUAGGCUGAGUUUAAUGUCGUGUUGUGGUCUACUGUUCUGCUGCAAGGCAGAAUGAGGCCGAACAGCACCAGGCCCUGAUGUUCUCUUCUGAGGCCAGGGGUAUUAAAAUCUAAUUUUAACUUUGGGACUGGAUGAGAACCACUGCAAGCUCUGCCUCCUCUGGCCUUAUUGAGGAAAUACCAGGGAGAUCUCCUGUGGACCAGUCAGAGAUAACACCCACCACCACUCAGGAUAGUCAAAGCAGUCAGGCCUUUCUUUCUGGACUACCGGUUCUGUCUUACAACAAACUUAACUCAACAGUAGUGUGUAGCAGCAGCAGCAGCAGCUUUGCAGGGUACAGAAAACGUGACCGCCUUGUAUGGAUCGACCAUCGUUAUACCAUGCAACGGUGGAGCUCCAGCACCAGAGGAUCUGAUGUUCAUCAAGUGGAAAUAUGAAACAAGUGACAAUUCUGGCGAUCUUUUGAUCAAACAAACUCGCAACGAUCAAGCCACCAUUCAGGCCACAGACGAUUAUGCCAAGCGGAUCAGCCUUGAUGACAAGUACAGCCUGCUCAUCACCGACGCCUCACUUAAAGACCAGAAGACCUUCACCUGCCUGGUGGUGUCAGACAACGAUCUCUUGGAAUGUCCCGUCUCUGUCAUUGUUUACAAGAAACCAUCAUCAGUUCAGGUUAUGGAUAAGCCCGAAGCGUUGCAGAAGGACAAACUAACAACGGUGGGAACAUGCGUUUCUUCAGAUGCGCACCCUGCAGCUACUAUCACGUGGAAGAAGAAUGGACAACCCUUGUUGGCCAGUGAGAAAGCUGUGAUCACCCCCAGCCUUAAGCUGGACCCAGCCACGGGCCUGUCCACUACCUCCUCCACCCUCCAGUAUGCAGCCACGAAGCAGGACGUUGGUGCAAUCUUUGCCUGCGUUUCCACAUACAAGCAGACCGAUGAAGAACUUGAGAUGGAACCUUUGUCUGUUCACUAUCCCUCAGAGAAGAUUAGCCUCCAAGUUAUGUCCAAGGGGCCUGUCGUAGAAGGUGAUAAUGUUACAUUGAAGUGUCAUGCUGACGGCAACCCUCCACCCAGCUCCUUCUUCUUCCACGUCAUGGGCGAGAAAGUGCUGGUGGAAAAUUCAGACACCUACACUUUGACUGCCAUCAGCAGAGGGGCUACAGGUGAAUACAAGUGCUCCCUGACAGAUAACAAAGAAAUGGAAGCCUCCCAAAGGAUCGUCGUUAGCUACCUGGACCUGAGUCUGAGUCUCACUGGAACAGUUGUGAAGACGGUAGGAGAUGCCUUGUCUGUGAAGACGGAGAACAGCUCGUCAGGCGAUGCUAAAGUGUCGUGGACGCAGAAUGGAAAGCCAGUGAAGGAACCGGAGUUUAGCAAGUUGACCUACGCUGAUGCAGGAGUUUACGUAUGUGAAGCUUCCAUUGAUGGCCUCGUGCGACGUCAGAGCUUUGAACUGGUCGUAGAAGGAAAGCCUUCAAUCACAAGCCUGAGGAAACACCGUCCUGAGGGUGCCAAAUACAAAGUCCUGACCUGCGAGGCUGAGGGAGUACCAGAGCCCAGCUUCCAUUGGAGCAUCAAUAACACAGAUGAGAAGAGCACGUACAUCAACGGGAAGGCCAUCCAUACAAUCACUGUGAUCCCCAAGGUGAACCUGACUGUCACCUGCAACGUCAGCAACAAGCUGGGAGAAGAUAUCAUGUCAAUCAGUGUUUCCUCUAUUUUUGAGGAACACGAACGAAGAGAAUCUGGAGGGGAUUCGGGAGACCAGUCGAAGCUCAUCGUGGGUGUCGUGGUAGCGCUCCUUGUAGUUGCUGCUGUAGGGGGACUCAUCUACUGGAUCUACAUAAAGAGAAGGCAAGGAAGUUGGACAACCGGUGAGAAGGAAGUUGGAACAGCUGAGGAGAACAAGAAGCUCGAGGACAACAAUGUUUAAAAGGCACUAAGGCUCUACUACAUGGAUGAAAGAGCAGUUGGAAGCAGCAUUGCAGACUCCAGUUGGCGGCUGAAGCGCUUCAUCAGGCUCCACAUAGACGGCAACAGUCAGAACCGUUUUCCAGCACGUCCAGCCGUCAGUCUGCUGUCCCACCUCACUUUCUGAAAUCUGCAUAAAGGCGGCCUUGUGCUGCUGUGUCACAGGUUUUUGUGUUCUUGGUAAGUUCUCCCUGUUAUGUUUUUUUUUUUUUGUCAUGAGGCUGUAUGGAGGGGUUUCUUUGUUACUUAGUUUUUUCAUUUUUUGUUUUGUUUUCUUGAAUUUCUUCGAAGAAUGUAAAUUUCUUUUUCACCUUUUAAGGCCUUUGUAACUAAUUAUGUGUGUGCUCUGGCUGUAAAGCAACUCUUCCUCAUUAUUAACCAAAGAACCAAACUGACUGCGUUGUGUUGAUGAUAAUGAAAGCAUUGUGGAGCGUUGUGGCCCACGCCAAGGACUUUAUAUUUCAUUUAUGUUGCAAAGGAUAAUCAGAAAAGAUAAGACUAAAAAGUAUAACAACAAAAAAUGCACAAAGAUGUUCUGUUGUGGUGUCUACACUGAAAUGAUGUUUUUUUUCCUCAUUUAAAAAAAGCUUUACUUGUGCCAGGGCUGACUUCUCAGUUUUGUUGUUUGUUUGUUUGUUCCAUGUGUUUUUGACGUAUUUAUAUCCUGUGUGCAACCUACUUGGAUGGCUGUGAUGCAACAUGAAAGACAAUUCUUUAUUUUUUUUUUCCUUUUUUUUUUAUUCCUGUAAAGAAGCCAUCAUGUGAUGUUGAAAUAGCGCCGUAUAGUAGAAAUGAGGGUGAAUAAGGCUGUACGGUAUCUAUGCUAAUUUUCUGCUGUAUUAUCAUGUUGUCGUUUUGGCUCAGUGGCGUAAACCCAAACUGAAGACAGUGGAUUGGCUGAUUAGAUAAGGUGCAUAAAGAUGGUUGCCCUCCGGGUUUUUCUGGUUUGUCCCACAGCCAGUAAAGCUUUGAUAAGACACCAGUUUUUUUUCAUGACUUUCGAUUUAACGAUUUAAUUAGUGAAAGAAGGCAGCAUGAAAAGGCCAUAGUAGUGUUGUAAAUACAGGCUUUGUUUUGUACUGUUGUUGACAAUAAAGUGUACAUUUUGAGAAAAAAAA